UCAAACGGACGAAGCGAGAACGGCGUCCAGCGUCCACCUUAUUUUAUUUGUGAUUUUUGUAUGUUUUAGUGUUUAAAAAUGGCCAGUCCGGCGAUGCAAAGGAAGAACCCCCGUAAGGGAUCAAGCGGACAAAAUAUCAAGGUGUUUUUAAGAUGCAGGCCUAUGAACAGUAUGGAGAAGAAUUCAAAGUCAUUUAGUGCAGUGGAGUGCCAACAGAACCGAGAAAUUAUUGUGAGGGAACGACCCCUGGAUAAGUUCACAAAGACCUUCACGUUUGAUAGAGUCUUUGGACCGGAAUCAAAACAGAUCGAUGUCUACAAAGCAGUGGCAAAAAAUUCUGUGGAAGAAGUGUUAAGUGGAUUCAACUGCACAAUCUUUGCUUAUGGACAAACUGGCACAGGAAAGACCUUUACCAUGGAGGGAGAGCACACCUCCGAACUCAUGUCUUGGGAUGAGGAUCCAUUGUUAGGUAUCAUUCCUCGCUGUGUGAAUCACCUCUUUGACGAGCUGCGCAUUCAGAAAGUGGAGUUCACAAUGAGGGUUUCAUUUCUUGAACUGUACAAUGAGGAACUGUUUGACUUGCUGUCAGCUCAUGAUGAUAUGUCGAAACUGAGAUUGUAUGAAGACUCCUCUCGAAAGGGAUCAUGCAUUAUACAAGGUCUAGAAGAGGUUCUUGUUCGCUCUAAGAGUGAUGUCUACAGUGUAUUGGAAAAGGGGUCGGCCAAACGCCAGACUGCAGCUACCCUGAUGAACGCACAUUCCAGUCGCUCACACACCGUUUUUACUGUCACUAUUCACAUCAAAGAGAACACAGUUGAUGGUGAUGAACUUUUGAAGACUGGCAAACUCCACUUGGUUGACUUGGCUGGGUCAGAAAAUAUUGGCCGUUCUGGGGCAGUUGACAAACGUGCACGUGAGGCUGGCAACAUCAAUAUGUCUCUGCUCACUCUAGGGCGUGUGAUCACAGCUUUGGUGGAGAAGGCUCCUCAUGUACCUUACAGGGAGUCAAAACUAACUCGUCUGCUACAGGAUGCUUUGGGAGGCCGCACAAAGACUUCCAUCAUUGCAACCAUCUCUCCUGCAUCCAUUAACUUGGAAGAAACCCUGUCCACCCUGGAUUAUGCUCACAGGGCCAAGAACAUCCAGAACAAGCCAGAGGUCAACCAGAAACUCAACAAGAAGGAACUCAUUGGGGAGAUUGAACGCCUGCGCCGUGACCUAAUGGCCAUGAGGGAAAAGAACGGAGUGUACCUGGCCAAUGAGAACUACCAGGAGAUGAUUACAACCAUGGAGACACAGGCACAAGAAAUCACAGAGAAAAUCAGCCACAUUCGGGCCUUGGAGGAGGAGCUAGAGAAGAAGACUGAUCUGUUUACGGAAGUAUCUAGUAAGCUUGAGGAAACGCAGGAAAAGCUUGAUACAACCAAGACUACUCUGUCAUGUACUCAGAAGCUGUUGCAUGACACAGCCCAAAAGCUGGAUGAGCAGAAGUAUAUAGUAACAGAACAGGGCAAAACAGAGGAGAAGCUGAAGAAUCAAGGGAAAGCCCUAAUUAACCAUGCAUCUUUAACGACUGGCGACCUCUCCAAGCUCUACGACAAACUGGAUCGUAAGAAAAAUGUUGACGAAAAGAACACAGAAAUUACCAAGAGCUUCCAGCAGACAUAUCUAGAGCAUGUGGAAACCAUGAAGACCUCCCUCACAGCUGCUGUAACACAGCAAAAGGAAGCUGUCCAAAACAUUUCAUCUCAGUUCGAUGGUUCUGUGAAGAAAUGUAAGAAGGAGGUCCUUGAAAUCAGUUCCUACUUAAGGACCAUUGCCAGGAGCCAAGAUGAGCUGGUCAAGAACCUCCAUGAACUGUUCAAGGGGAAGGCACAGGCUGAUGUGGCAGGUACAAAGGAAAUGGUGGACCUGAUUGAAGGACAGUGUGCUGAACAGGAGCAACAACUCAACACUUUCCAGAAGGAACAAGUGCUACCUGCACUGGAGAAGAUAGCCUCCUUGAUUUCCUCUCAUGCCACUACCAUCACUGACUUGUCUGAUAUGCUGAGUAAUAAGUUGAAUGAAUUGCACUCAGAAUGUGAGAAGAGUCACCAGAACCAAGAAAAAAUGGCCUCUGAGUUUGAAGAACAAAUGAGCACACAUUUAGAGGCACACGCUGCUCGCACUGCUGCCUGCCUCGACAAUGCCAAUACACUGCGCAGCAAUGUUGAUUCUAAGGCUGAGCUCGUUGCAUCCAAGAUCAGCAGUUUGGAAACCCAGCUUGAAGAUCUGAAGCAAAUCAGCAAGGAGCUCACAUCUUCAGCCUCAGCUGGUCUGUCUAAUAUUUCCUCAGAUCUUGGAAUGCUGAAGGAAGAGACUCAGACUGCUAAUGACAGUGUGAAGACAUUGGUUAAGAGUCUUGGUGAGAACAGCCACUCUCACAUCACUGCUGCUCAUUCUCUGAAGACUGAAACUCAGUCUGCAAUGGAGAAAAUGGUCCAUGAGCUGGACACUAAUGUGCAACACAUGGGAGAAGAACGAUGCAGCCUAGAAUCUCUGAUGGCACAGUAUUCUGCCAGUGCUUCAGUGUCAAUCUGUGAGAACCGUAAUAUUGCUGAGAAGCACAUCAAAGCAGUGGAGACCAAAUCUGCACAGGAUAUUUCAGACCAUGCUGCUAAGAUUGAGAUGGCUGUUACUUUAACCAAGGAUCUGGAUAUUAAGAACCAAUUGCUGGAGGAUGAGGUCAGUAAACUUGAAAAGGAAUGUGCCCAACUCCAAAAAGAAUGCCAGCAUACAUCCAGGACUCUUCAAAACUGGUCUGAGGACCACAUGGAUUACAUCAAUGCCCAGGAGAUGCAGGUUAAUGAAUUCUUCACGGAGAAGAUGGUUAAGGAUUUACCAACUGGCGAGACACCAGUGCGCAAGGACUACCCAUACUCAAAGUUCCUGUCUUCCACCUCUCCACAUGAGAGACUAAUUGAGAGAUACAGAAGUGGCACUGUCUCCACAAUGUCUAAGAUCCCCCUGCCCAACUUUGAAGAUACAGAGGACGAAAUGGGUUCCUCAUCAGCUGACAAUUCCCAGUUGUCCCCAUCUGAUUCCUCACAACUAGAAGAUGAUGUGAUGGAGGUCAGGACACGCUCUGGUUCCAACUCUGGCAUGCGCUCACGAUCCGGUUCUGCCAGCUCCUACAAGGGUGACAAAGGAGUAUUUGUAGCUCCAGCACCACCUCUUCAGCGACAGGACAGCAGAGAUGAUUCAGGCAUUCCACUCUCAAGGUCCUCCUCAUCUUCAUCCAUUCCUGAAUCAAAGGACAAGGAGAACACCGUCACACGACGGGGGAGCUCCAAGAAGAGAGAGCUGAGGCAACCAGGAACUUACACCGGUUUAGAAAAGAGCGGCAGCAGUGACAGCCUCUCCAGAAACCGAAGAAUAUUAGGCACUCAGAACUGAGGCGCAAAACAUGACACAAGAAAAAUGUCUCCAUAAUAUCUUCCAAAAGAAGUAUAGAAUGUUCAUACAUAAGCCAAAGAUUCUUGAAAAUAUUUAAUGAUAAUAACCAACUUUUAGGUUGCUUUGACUAAUCAUAUGAUCAUCGUCAUAAAGAGUUUGAAAUAUUUGAGUGAUUAACUUCAAAUUGUACAAAGUAGAUUUCCCAAUGCACAUGAUCAUUGAUUAAUACAUGUAUGAAUGUUGCCCAUCUCAUUAAAUUAAUGACUUCUAUAUUAACAUACACUGCUAGAAUCCAAGUAUUAAUUUCUUUGAUACCAUUAUCAUUUUCUACUUUUGUACAUGGAACACAGAGAGAGAUAUUUUACUGUAGUGUGUAGUGAUCCUGUGAGACAUUUUUAAUGUGCUUGUAGACUUUAUAGUAGCAGAGAUAAAACGUUAGAAGAAACAAUGGUUUUGUUUGUAAAGAUUUGCGAUUUUCUUUUUUAUAAAUGGAUUUCAAUUUAAAUUCAAGCAUUAGAACAUAGAUCUUAUAUUCAGUAGGACUUUUAAUUUUCUCCAACUGUCAUAACUAAAUGUCAAACCUCUAUGAGUUUUGUUGUUUUUACUCAAGUUUUAGAUUUCACUUAGGUUUAGAUUGUAUCUGGAUAUAAAAUCAUGCAUAUCCUAAACGAAAAUGUAUGUAAGAGACAUGUUUGUGUAUGCGAGUGUGUGUGUGUUUGUGUGUAUAUGUCUGUGUAUAUAGAUAUCUAGAAACCUUAGUAUAUAACUGAAUUAGGAAGGAAAGGUUCAGAUAAUUUACAGACGAUUAUUUGCAUAAUGGUAAAUAUUAAGGUAUCUUGUAUUUUCUCAUCUUCUAAGUCUGUCAAACCCAUCACAACUCAUAGUGACUAUGAGUAAUGUCUCUUUUGUAAGUUAUUUUUAUGAUGCAAGAAAAUAAAAGAUUGUAGGUAGAAAAA